GGCAUGGCGGAGCGCGGCCAUGGCGGAGCUGAGCGGAGGCAGCGAGGCCGUGCCUGUGGCGCUGUGGCCGCCCGGGGAGGCCCCGCCGCCCUUCCAGUACAGCCCCGAGAGCGUGGCCGGAGCAGACGGAGAGCUGGAGCCCAGCGAGGUGACGUUCCCGGGCUGUCCGUGCCGCCGCAGCUCCUGCCAGCCCCCCGAGUGCCCCUGCCUGGCCCGCGGGCUCAGCUACAGCGGGCAGUGCCUCAGGCUGCCCGAGCAGCAGGAGCAGCCCUUCUCCAGGCCCGUGUUUGAGUGUAACAGCCUGUGCUGCUGCGGGGAGAGCUGCCAGAACAGGCUGGUGCAGCGGGGGCUGCGGCUGCGGCUGCAGGUGUUCCGCACGCCCCGCAAGGGCUGGGGAGUGCGAGCGCUGGAGCCCAUCCCCAGGGGCAGCUUCGUGUGUGAGUACGCUGGGGAGGUGCUGGGCUUUGCUGAGGCUCAGAGGAGAAUCCAGGCCCAGGCUCCACAGGAGCCAAACUACAUCAUAGCAGUGAGGGAGCACCUGCACGACGGGAGGGUGAUGGAGACCUUCGUGGAUCCCACGCGCGUCGGGAACGUGGGCAGGUUCCUGAACCACUCCUGCGAGCCCAACCUGCUCAUGGUGCCCGUCAGAGUGGACUCCAUGGUGCCCAAACUGGCACUUUUUGCAGCCACUGAUAUCCCUGCUGGAGAGGAACUUUCAUAUGAUUACUCUGGAAGAUUCCAGAAUGUAGCAGGAGCUAGCAGAGAACACGAACCUCUGGAGGAAGAGAACAGCCUGAGAAAACCUUGCUACUGUGGCUCCCGCUCCUGUGCUUCCUUCUUACCUUGGGACAGCUCCCUCUUCUCCACACCAGCGAGUUCUCCAUAGCCUUUCAGCCUUAAACACACCUAAAAUGUUAUUUUCUCCAGCAAACUCUGUGUUGCAACAAGGAGACACAUGUUGGUUUGAGGAGCAGCAAGGAGACAUGGUUUUGAGAAUUAAUUCUGUGCAAAACCCUUUCCAAGGACUUUUCAAGGUGGAUAAUACAAGGGAUUAUUGGAGCUUUGAUAUGUCCCAAAAUCAGUGACUAAGCCAGGCCUGGUGUUUUUGUCUGUUUUUCCUCUGACAGCUUGGUGUAUGUUAAAGCAGCUCGCAGUUUGUACCCUGCAGAAAGAAUUUGUACCUUUGGCACUUGUACAUGGACAGGACAUGGGAUAACAGCAAGAAAAGUCACUGACAGAGGCACAAGACAUAGAGAAAUCAUGACACUUGCAAGAAAGGCAUUAAGUUUCUUAAAACUCAUUAAAUUAUUGUUUUUUUAAAUUA